GUUAUCACACACUAACCCCUCAAGCCUUGAUCCGGCUAGUGUGUCCAGCUGCUUUAUCAUUGCCUGACUUCGCCAGGGUCCACUCCACUUCAGGCUCAUUCACCCGCGCUCUCCAUCGCAUCACCUUCGCUCACCACCCGGCCACCCACGCAACCACUCGCCCGUUUGGUGCCGAGCAAGCCAUGACGGAUGGACCCGCCGUGCGACCAGCCAGCCAGGCUUAUUCCUUGCAUGGAUGGAUCAACCCGUUCAGAUUACCGGAGCCAAACGCCCUCGAUGUGCAUAUCCGUUGCGGCGCAGCUUAGCAUGGAUCCGCCGGCUCACUUUUUUGGUUCCCCUUUCUUCCCUCCAGAAUGAGCGGCCGCCGUCUUAGGAUGCGUAUACGCAGUAAUAGGCUACGUGCCUUUCCAUCAUCCUUUUUCCUUCUCCUCCCAAACUAUCUUAGGCUAGUUGACCCUUCCUUUUGUUUCCCCUUUCAAGCAGUUACCCACCGAGCAAGUCGCCAAGAUAUCAUGAACAGGAGAAGAUUACUGGAUCCUGUUUCAAGAGAAAUUUCAUUGGAUCCGCAGGUGUCUGAAGACAUCAUAAAUAAUGAGAGCUUGCCAGGAUUCUACUUUCAAACUCUCCUCUGAUUCGGUUUACUCUGGCGCAUAAAUAUUUCAUACAUGUGUCUCUUCAAUUUCAUACUUGUACAAGAUGAUAAACUAAGUUUCUGUCAAUAUGUAGCAGAGGCUUAGCCAAUCAUUAUUGGUAUUCUGGAUAUGAAUGACUCCCAAGCGCUGACAUUGAACCAUGAUGUUUGGUGGUAGUCAUUUGGAUGGGGAAGAAUGCCUGCAACUCCAUUCUUGUCGUGGGAACAAGCACCAGGAAUGACUGGUCAAUCUGAAUGGACAGGGUUGCCUCUGUCGGUCCUGCAUUAGAAAAUUUCAGAUCCCAACGUUUCGGAUGUUUUUUGCAAUUCUUAUUGAUCCAAACAGUUUUGCAGACUCACAUCAAUGCAAGAGACAAGCGCAGAGCGAGAGUCAACCACUGGCUCUAAGCGCCGCCACUAGAAGUGAGAAUUAUCUCCGCUGAGACCGUCGCUCUUUCUUGUCGUGAUGAAAAAUAGCAUAAAUAGAGCGUCGUUUUCCUGGGAAUCGCCAAUUUCUUCUUCUUCCUCUGUCCCAACUUGAAAGCAGAACGCUACUCUUCAUUUAACUUCACCCAAAGAACCAAAUUCCAGAUGUAACACAAACCCUUCUAGCGAUACCUGAAAUACAAUGGCGCCGCUCAGCCCUGAUGAACUGAGAACUGUUGUUUCCGCGCUGGCGCAGAAACUUGAUUCAUUGAACAUCGACUACGCCAUUAUGGGGGGCGCUGCCACCUGUCUGUUGUAUCCCGACCCCACUCGCAGGACCGAAGACGUUGACUUGGUCAUUCAUGUUGACUAACGUAUGAUCACCGCCGACCGUCUUACAACUCAGCUCCUCACAUCCUUCCCAACCGAUUUCGAAGGAGUCAGCCAGUUCAGGCACACCAUUCCCGCAUACAAACUGCGCCGACCAGGAGGUGCCGCCCAGUUAGUGGAGCUAGAAGUAUUCGACUUCCAAAGCUGGCCGCAACGUCCCCAGUACAACAUUCAGGCCGCCACACGGAAGACGUUGAAUAUCAAUGGUCGCGCAGUCAAAUUCUUUGGCGCUGAAUGGAUCCUGCGUGAAAAGAUUUUGUCUCAGUAUCAGCGCCAAGGUAGUCCAAAAGAGGGAACAGAUAUCCGGGAUAUCACGAAUAUGAUCCCUUUGGCAGUGCCAGGCAGACCAGAGCUCGACUUCAAUCAAAGCCAGGAGUUGCAAACUGCGCUAGCAAAUCUUGUUCAAAAGAGGCCAGCCUUGGUCCAGUCUCUGAAGGCAAAGGUCAAAUGCACCGCUGUAUUCCAAAACUAAUAAGUUUCUCUGUCCUCCGCCUCAACCCGGUCAUCGAUCGAGCGAUAGAAUUCAAUGAAGGUGGCAGAUUCCGAAAUAAUCACACAUCCAAGGUCAAACUACUAGGGAGGGCGAGAGCUUGUUCCAUGCGGUGGCCUUCGGGGAGGGUUACGCAGUGCUACAGAUGUUACCGAAAUCCGUUGGCGGGGAGAAGGGCAUGUAGUUUUGUUGUUCAACGGAACCUUGGGGGUAUAACAUAGUCUUGCUAUACGUCUGGCAGAUGAUAUGAAUUCUAUUGCUUAAGUAUUGUCCAAAAAAGAAUAUCCCGUGUAUUGUAGUCAAUGAAGGGGGAAAAAACAUCAAAUAGGAUUCCCCCUCAUAUCUAUUGGUAGCUCUUUACCUGAGCCAAGGCGUUUAGAAAUGCGUCGAUCCAUCGGACCAAAUUUGGCCUCAUGGAUUCGACCAAAAUUGGUACUAUACCAUUCCACUGCCUGCUUAUCUGAACAAUGAUCAAGAACAUCAUUAUUGACCUCAAGGUAUCCUGUCAUCAUGGAUAUCCAGGAUCUCAAUGACUCGCCCCAUGCAGAAUAACCUGACUCUGUUUCUUCAUCAAUCGCAGCCAUAACAAAGCUUUCA